UGGGCGGCGCGCGGCCUAGCCAGGAGAGAGGGGGAGGCGGCGAGGGUGCCGCGCAUGCGCGCUCGCUGCUGCAGGAGGCCUGGUGGGCUCGCCAGUGGCGGCGAUGCUGCAGCUACGGGACUCGGUGGACGGCGGCAGCGGGCCGGGCUCUUGCGAGGCCGGGUCGGCGGCGCUGCUGGUGCCGGCGGCCGAAGCCGACGUGCCUUUCACGCCGCCGGGGGAGCUGUCCUCCGCCUCCCUGCUGGCCCAGGCGCCGCCCAGGCAGACCCUCCGGCCCCUCAGCGUCAGGAACCCCACCCGCGGGGGCCGCCUCAAGGACUACUUCGUCUUCCGGCCAGGAACAAUAGAGCAGGCUGUGAAUGAGAUACGUGUGGUUGUGAUGCCCACUGAGGAUGGAGAAGUGCAGAGCGUAUGGUUGCUGACCGAAAUUGAUCACUGGAAUAAUGAGAAGGAGCGCUUGGUUCUCAUUACUGAUUGGUCCUUAUUGAUCUGCAAAUACGACUUCAUCAGCUUACAGUGCCAGCAAGUGACCAGAGUCUCACUUAACGCUGUUGACACAAUUUCCAUUGGAGAAUUUGAGUUUCCACCUAAAUCACUCAACAAGCGAGAAGGCAUUGGAAUUAGAGUGCAGUGGGAUAAACAAAGCCGCGCCUCCUUCAUAAAUAGAUGGAACCCGUGGUCCACAAACGUGCCCUACGCUACCUUCACAGAACAUCCAAUGGCUGACGCUGAUGAGAAGAUUGCAUCUCUUUGUCAGUUGGAGAACUUCAAAACUCAGCUGAUCCAAGCUGUGAAGAAGGCCCAUAAGGAGUGUCCUCUGCCUGGAAGAGCAAACGGAGUUCUACUGCUAGAGCGCCCUCUUCUCAUUGAGACCUAUGUAGGGUUGAUGUCUUUCAUCAAUAACGAGGCCAAGUUAGGCUAUUCAAUGACAAGAGGCAAAAUUGGAUUUUAAGAGCACCUGCUUCCACAAAGAAAGAGUGGAGAGGUCACUGCCGAGCAAGUCCCUUGAAGAAGAAAGUGGGAGAGAGAAAAGUCUGUAGAGGAGAGUUUAACUCAUCUAACAAAAGUCUCGCUUGUCAUAAAAUUCAUUUUGUGGGGCAGACACUGAGGUGGCCAUGUAGAGUCAUUAUAGUCCAGAGUUAACAUUUCUGACCUGCCAGCUACCUGCUGUCUUCAGCUCAGGGAGCAGUGUCCCCAUCCUAUAAUAAAAAUUCUUGCUAAAACUUCUCUCUCCCCCAGUGUCUCUCAAGUAAGCCACCUGUAUAUUUUGAAGCAUGCUCACUUUUUUUUUUUAAGCAAGUCAGUUACUGUUUUUGCAAGCUUCAUAUUUAUGUAUGCUUAAGGUUCUGUUUUACAGGGAAUAAAAGUUCUCUCAUGUGAUUUAAGGAGAUAAGCCUGUCAGCUUGAUGGGCUGUGAACUAUUUUGCUCGUGUGAUUGUUUUGACUGAAUCUGAGUUACUUUCUGCUAAUGUUUGGAGGCUGCACAUUUGCGUUGAAAUGAGGUUGAGUGAUUGUAUUUGCCUUUUUAAUGACCUUAUAUAGUUCAGAUGCAGAUGCAUCUAAUUACAGCUUCUUGGUGCAGGACAACAUCCAGAAAUGUCACUGUGGACACACAUACUGCGGUGCCUGCUUUUGUAUGAACUUUUUGCCAAAUGGAAUCAAGUUUUUUUUUAUCUAUAGGAAAAGGGAAUUUUUGAUUAGCUUUCUACCUUUUUAAAAUCUGAACCAGAUUAAUGGCAUCGAAGUAUCUCUAUAAUAAGAUGGCCAGGAGAAAAGACUAUAGAUAUUUAUCCUUAAAACUAUACAAAAGCGGCAUCUCCAUUUAAAGGCAAGUGUAUGGAAAGUGACUUUGUGCUCUGUUGCAUGAAUAAUGCUCUGUGGUUGGGAUCCAAAGGUCCAUGUAAGAUAUGUACACAAGGGCUUAUUGGAAACUCCUCAUAUCCCUCCUUUUCCAAAAAGGUACCCUCCCCAAAAAAAGGACCUUUCCAAGCGGCGUUCCACGAGUUAAGAUGCUGCCAGAAAGAGGGGGGGGGAAGAACCAUCCCAGUCCCCCACUGUGUACACAAGUUUUGGCUCCCAGUCUGUGUCAUCUUUGCUGGUUGAACCCUUCUACACUUAGCAAAGGUUUGUCACUAUAUUCAAGGAAUACUGCUGUGGUACUGGUAAUCCCAAUGUUUUAGUGUUGACUCUCUGAACCAUUUUUUCCCUCUCAAACUGUGUCAAAUUAUACGGUGCUGGAAUUGAACCAACUGCAUGACCUUUUCGUCUGAAGCCAGGUAUAUUUAAGCUUAAUAAACUUUUGAGUAAAUGCGA